UCCCAGCCUCUACUGUAGCGUCUAUUCUAUGCGCCUUAUAAUGUGGUGCGCCUUAUAGUGCGGAAAAUACGGUAACUUAUGGAAAUCAUAAUUGCUAAACAAAGGAUGAAUCUGAGUAAAUUACCUCCCCAUUUGAUCUCACCUCUGUAACCCUCUGAGCUAUAAAUAAUUUAGGGGAUUUUGAUUUUGGCAGAAUGCCCUGAGAGUUUAUCUGUGACACAUUCACACAGAUCAAAUUCUUCAUUUUACUUUUCACUUUUCAAAGUGAGUUACUCAAAUAAACAAAUGUUUCCACAAUAUUCUAAUGUGAGCCGAAGUUUGUUUUUUAGUAAAGGAUGUUUUAUAAUAAAAAAGAAAUCUGUUAGUUUGAUUCUAAAACGCUCAAACAUGUAUUGCACAUUUCCACAAAGAAUAAAUAUAAGCAAAUUAUUCAUUUUCAAAUAUAAUACUUUCCAGAUCUCAGAUAAGACAUUACAGUUAAAUAAAACUACUAUGUUUGAAUGCUUAACUUUAAGAUCAGUGUCCGUCCUGUGAUUGGACAGAUCAGUGUCAGUCCUGUGAUUGGUGGCUUCCUGUCCAGCAGAAAGCUGUAAACAGAGUUUAAAAGCUGCUACAGGCCUGCAGACAGUCACGUGAAGCUGGACCAGCAAUGGCUCUGCUGAAGGUUCUGCUGCUGCUGCAGGGGCUGGGUGAGUCAGACACACUGGAAACACUGGGCAUACUGGAGAUACUUCCAGCAGCCACUGGUUCCAAGGAGGCUGCUGCUCUCUGUGAUUCUCAUAUUUCCCUCUGAUUCAGAAUGAAACUUCAUUACAUAUAAAUUGUGAUGCCUUUUAAUCUUUAUCUGUUCAUCCUUUUUCUGUUCCAUCAGCCAUGUUUGCUCCUGAUUUCUGAAUAAAGUCCUCUUUUUUUUCUGCAGGUGUUUCAAUGAACUCACAUGUUUCUCUGCACAAGAGAAUCAUUGGAGGUCAAAACUGUAAUGACACGGAGUGUCUUUAUCAUGUUCGGCUGGAGUUCGACAAUGAUACUCAUAUGAGCUUGUGUGGAGGAUCUCUGAUCCACCGUCAGUGGAUCCUUACCGCAGCUCACUGCUGGAAGUCGGAGCCUGGAUGGACUACCACAGCAAAGUUAGGAGUUCAUCCACGGACUGCUACACAGCAGAAACAAAUAAUCCAACACAAUCCUGUGAUUUAUGUUAACAAAUGGCAUUACCGGCAUGACAUCAUGUUGCUGAAGCUUCAGCGACCAGUAAGAAAUAUCCGUCCUGUUCGUCUACCAAGGUGCACUAAUCGUAUUACGAUUGGUGCUACAGUUCAGCUGGCAGGAGAAGGACUAACGACAACCAGCCCCAAUAAUUCACGCUUACUCAGUGCUCCUCUUCCACCACAUCUUCAGUGUGUCGACAUGAAAGUUACUGGUUUUUUCUUUACGAUUACAUCUGGGCAUGAAUUCCUUGCUGAAGCACAGAACAAGGAUGCGUACUUUGGUGACUCUGGUGGAGGAGUGGUGUUCAACAAGAAGAUUGUUGGUGUGAUUUCUGGCAGAGGAAAGAAUUAUGCAUUUCGGAAUCCAGUUUUUAGCAUGGAUGUGUGUGAUUACUUGGAGUGGAUAAGAAACACAACUGGGCUUAAUAAGCCUAAAAUAUCAUGAAAUAACAUUUUCAUCAAAUUU